AUGAUGUUGGGAGAGCAAUCAGAGUCUGCAGAUUACUGGAAGAAGGCCGGCGACGAAGCACUUGCAAAUGGCAUCAAAGGUGUGAUCAUGAUGGGUGCGCAUUGGGAUACCACUGGAGAUGUGAUCGAAAUUGCCAUGAACCCAAAGCCUGGCAAGUCACCCGUUGCAUUUGUCCACCCUUCGAAGUACGUCGACUACAAGCUGGAACCAGAUCUCCCUACCGGCGAGCGCUGCAUGAGAAUCCUCAAAGACGAAGGCUUCAACUGCCCGCCGACAACGAUCCUUUCAAUGAACGCUCGCUUCGACCCACACUUUCACAUCAAGGUCGGAAGCACAUUGAGACCGCUUCGAAACGAAAACCACCUACUCAUCGGCACGGGAGGUGCCGUGCACAUUCUCUUCCGCAACGUGUGGGAGCCUAUGCUCAACUUUCGCAACAACUUUGCACAGCCCACACCGCCCGAGGGUUGGGCUUUGGAGUUUAGACAAAGUGUUGAAGAUUGCUUUCAGAAUAAUCGGGGCCCGGCGUUGAGACGGGCUGUCACGAGAUUGAUGAAGCAUCCUCAGGAUCGCGAUGCACAUGCUACGGAUGAUCAUUUCAUGGCUGCGUGUUUUGUUACUGGUGCUGCUAGGGACUGGGAGGAUGAGAUAGAGGAGAAAGGAAGGCUUCUUACUAAGACGUAG